AUGUUCCGUACUUUCAAGAGUGGCUCCUCUCCGGAGUUCUCAGCUUUGAGCAAGAAGCAUGGCAUGGCCAAUGCUGUUUUCAUCAAGCACGUCUCCAUCAAGCACGUCUCCUAUUCCUCCAAUGUAGCCCUCGAGGACAUUGAUGAGACUAGGCUCAAGGACAUUGAGACCGGUGUUCGUUACGUAGUCCAAGCCUUGAUGGACAACGCCGGUCUCACUAAAUCAGAGUGCCGGCUGCUGCAAGGUUGGUCCUGCCAGCUUGCUGGGGACAAGGUACCUUUUCUCACUGCUCGUGCACACACUAUCAUCGAUGCCCGUGGAAAGGGACCAUUCUCCAAGUAUGAUCUGAGUUUCAUCCAUUAUGUGGCGAGCUGCAUCAAGUUUGAGGCGGCAAGUACCAAUAAGACGUUGGCUGACUUUGCUAAGGAGCACGGAGACAUCUUGGACCUAGCCUACACGGUGGCUAAAGGGAGAUAUAAGGCUCUUAAAUCUAACAUGCUGGAGAACUUGAAUGGCGCAAUGGCUGAGUUUACGAUUGCUUCGUCUCACCCGGAAACUCUGGUGAACAUUGAGGCAGCAAUCGACGAGCUCGAGGACGUUUCCAAGGCCUUUACUUCUAUUCAGACUCAGUUGGAGGAACAGAUCCAACUUCUGCAUCAGGCGAGCGAGGCUUUGAAGAAGUAG